GAAUUGGCGGAGCCCAGGUUCCCGCGUGGCAGACGGCCACCCCAGUUAGACCGGCAUCAGCACUCAGGCACCACGAGGCGGGCUGCCCGGCCUUCAUCAUCGUCAAGCUGAGCCCCCUGCGGGACCGCCUGGUGGUGACGGAGUGCCAGCUGACCCACUCGCACCCGGCCUGCCCCAUCGAGUUCGCCUACUACUUCCGCCCCGGCCGCCUGCUGGCCAACACCUGCCUGCCCGUGCGCACCACCAACAAGAUCUCCAAGCAGUUUCUGGUCCUGGCCGACGUGCACCGCCUGCUCUCCUACUGCAAGGACCGCGACCACAGCGUCAUCGACGCCCUGCGCGUGCUCCAGGGGCUCUUCCACAAGGACCCUGAGGCCAAGGUGAAGCUGGUGUUCAUGGAGAACCAGGCGGUGGUGGAGACAGUGUUCUUCCUGACGUCGCGCACGCGGGCGCUGCUGCGGCGCUUCCCGCGCCUGCUCCUGGUGGACCGGCUGCCGGGACUGCAGGGCGCCCUGGACCUGCUGGCGGUGCUGUGCGUGGACGGCGCGGGGCGCGCACGCCAGGCCGCCUGCUGCGUGGCGCGCCCGGGCACGCCGAGCCUGCUGCGCUUCGCGCUGGCCUCGCUGCUGCAGAGCGCGCCGGACGUGAAGGGCCGCGUGCGCUGCCUGACGGCGGGUCCCGAGGUGACCGCGCAGCUGCCAGCCGUGCGCCAGCUGCUGCGCGCGCGCGUGCAGAUCUGCCGCGCGCAGGGCCUGGAGACGCUGUUCAGCAAAGCGCAGGAGCUGGGCGGCGGCCGCGAGGACCCCGGCCUGUGGCCCCGCCUGUGCCGCUGGUGGGCGCCCCGUCGCCGGGCCGCCUACGCCGAAGCCCUGGUGGAGCUGCGCGCCCACGGCCCCGCCGCCUUCGUCGACUAUUUCGAGCGCAACUGGGCGUCCCGCCGCGACAUGUGGGUGCGCUUCCGCGCCUUCGAGGCGGCCCGCGAUCUGGACGCGUGUGCCCUGGUGCGCGGCCACCGCCGGCGCCUGCUGCGGCGCCUCAGCCCCUCGCGCAGCAUGGCGCAGUGCCUUCGCGACCUGGUGGCCAUGCAGUGGGCCGACGCGUCCGGAGAGGUGGCGCUCGACGGCGGGGGGCCUUGGCUGGAGGGCGAGCGGUGGAGGGGAGCGCAGGUCGAGAAUGAGAGGGCCAAGGGCCGGGAGAACGGAGACUGGGGAGGGGCGCCCCCUGAAGGAAGUCUUUGGAGAGGCCCCCCGUUAGAGGAGUGGGCCAGAGAACUGGAGACCAGAGACCGGCGCGGGGCUCAGUCCGAAAGUGAGAAGGAGCGAGGCAUGCAAGUCCGGUACUGGAGAGGGGUGCAGCUGGAGAACCAGAAGGUGAGGGGACUCGAAGGGAGCGUCUGGAGAAGGUCCCAGCUGGAGAGCGAGCACCGAGGCUGGAGGGGGGCCCAGCUGGAGGGUGAGAAUGAUUGGGGGCUGGAAGGGUAUGUCUGGAGGGGGGCCCCCGCGGAGGACCAGGGGCUGAGGAGCUUGGAAGGGUACGCCUGGAGGAUGGCGCAGUUGGAGGACCGAAGGAUUCGACUUCUGCAGACCGCGGACGGGAGGAGCCAGUUCGAUUGCGCGAGGGCCAGGGGCCUGGAAGGAGGCAGCAGCCGCAGGGGCGCGCAGGCGCCGGAUGCAAAGGUCUCUGGACUGAAACCCAGAGACCAGAAGGGGCUCCGGGUGGAAGCGGAGAAGGGAGGGAGGGUGGAGGUCAGGAACUGGAGGGGGGUCCAUUUGGAGAAGCCGCUGGAGCCGGUCCCUGAGAACAGAGACCAGAGGGCGCCCCAUUGGGGACAGGAGAGGAGAGGGCCGGAAGUUAGAGAAGAGAGAGGCGUGAGGUCGGGGGUCAAAAGGAGAAGGGACCUGGAGGACGUGGUUCUGGUCCAGCUAGGGGACACGAGGGUGACGGGCCUGGAGGAUGCAGAGGGAGGGGGGGCUCGUUCUGGGGGUCCCCAGAACCGGGGAGGGCUAGGAAGGGAGUGUCUGGACGCAGGAGGGAGGUGUCUAGGGCUGGGGAAUGGAGUCGCGUGCAGCACCCCCACGGGAACUGUGUUUGAGGGUGAUCCUGAAUGGCCAGGGGACAGACUCCAGGAAGGAAGUGAAGGAGAAGGCCCCAGGGAACCAAAGAGACCUCGCUGCCCUUCCGGAGAGAAGGAGGCGGACUGGGAGCCGCUGGCCAAGUUCCGAGCGGCCUGUGGGCCGGAGCUGGCGGACCUGGUGGCGGAGGAGCUGUCCUUCGCCAGGCAGCACGGGACCCGGGGUUUCCACGUGACUGGAGCUGGCUUUGCCCUGAAGGACGGCACCUCCGACUUCUUCCUGGAUGGCGCCCUGACGCGCUGCAGCUGCUCCAUCCACGCUGCCCGGCAUCUGCCCUGCCGCCACCUCUUCGCGGCGCGCCUCCUCACAGGGGCAGCCUUAUUCCACGUGGACCUGCUCAGGGACUGCUGGGGGAGAGCCCCAGAGUCCUGACCCUCAGCCCCUGCCCGCCACCCUCCCUGUGAGGGCCGGAGGGCAUUCUUUUAUCCCAAAGAUAACAAGGCUGAGGCCACCCCAGCCCCUCUGGCCACCUCCUGGGUCGGAGGGGACGUAGUCGGUGCUCUCCAAGGUCCUGGAGCCACAGGUGAGGAAGGUGGUGGCCAGGGUGGAUUCUGAGGGAAUACAGGCAUAGACAGGGUCAGGCCCGGGCAGAAGGAAGAAAGGACAACCGAGGGAGGGGAGGACGCCAGGCUCUGGGGACAACCUGGCAGGAGUAGACUGGUCAAGUCCACGGAGCGCAGCGGGAGGCGGCCAAAGCAAAGAAGGAAGAGGACAGAUGGAGGAGAGGUAAGGGAAGAAAAGACAACAAGGAGAUAGAAAUGGGGGCGAGAGUGCAAGAAAGGAGGCGGAAAUGGAGAAGAAAUAGGAAGGAGCAGAGGGAGGCAGGAGGAGGGGCCAGGAAGGGAAGGAGACAAGGUGGAGGAGAGGGAAGAACACAGGGAGACCCAACAAAGGAAAAGUGUGGGAGAGAAGACAAGAGUGGGGUGAUUUGAGUUCUUUCCCCAAGGACUGGAGGCUUGGAUCCCUUCACCUUCUGAUUGGUCAUUCCCAGAAGCCGGAGCGAGAGGGAGCACAGAGAGGACCUGGGGGAUGGCCUGGGGGCCUCCAGUGGGGGAGGGGAGCAAUCGGGGCGAUUGUGCUUCAAGAUUGGAAUAAAACAGCAUUAUUUUGGU